AUGAAGAAUUUUCACUGGUUUAAGCAGAUUUCCAACAAUGGCAAACCUGAGAGGAGGCUCUCUCUUGGAGAGUACAACAGGGCAGUGUCAUGGUCAAAGUAUUUGGUGUCUUCAGGGGCUGAGAUUAAGGGUGAAGGGGAGGAGGAGUGGAGUGCUGACAUGUCCCAAUUGUACAUUGGGUGUAAAUUUGCUUCAGGGAGACACAGUAGGAUUUACAGAGGGGUUUAUAAGCAGAAGGAUGUGGCAAUUAAGCUCAUAAGCCAGCCUGAGGAGGAUGAAGGCUUGGCUGUUUUGCUUGAGAAGCAGUUCACUUCUGAGGUGGCUUUGCUCUUUCGGCUGCACCAUCCAAAUAUCAUCUCUUUUGUUGCAGCUUGUAAGAAACCUCCUGUUUUCUGCAUUAUCACCGAGUAUUUGUCCGGGGGAUCGUUGAGAAAAUAUCUCCAUCAGCAGGAGCCACAUUCUGUUCCACUCAGCCUAGUUGUGAAGCUAGCCCUCGACAUUGCACGUGGGAUGCAAUAUCUCCAUUCUCAAAGUAUACUUCAUAGGGAUCUCAAGUCAGAAAAUCUAUUGCUAGGGGAAGAUAUGUCUGUGAAAGUUGCAGAUUUUGGCAUCUCAUGCUUAGAAUCACAGUGCGGCAGUGCAAAGGGAUUCACGGGCACUUAUCGUUGGAUGGCACCUGAAAUGAUCAAAGAGAAACACCAUACGAAGAAAGUUGAUGUUUACAGUUUUGGCAUAGUUCUUUGGGAGCUUUUAACAGCAUUGACACCAUUUGACAACAUGACUCCUGAACAGGCUGCAUUUGCAGUAUCACAGAAGAAUGCAAGACCCCCUUUGCCAUCCACAUGCCCGAUGGCAUUCAGUCGUCUCAUCAGCAGAUGUUGGUCGACUCAUCCAGACAAGCGACCUCAUUUCGAUGAGAUAGUUCACAUAUUGGAAAGUUAUGCAGAGUCCCUUGACCAAGACCCAGAUUUUUUCUCAUCUUACAAGCCUCCUUCAGAUCACACCCUUUUGCGAUGCUUUCCAAAAUGGAUCGGUCGCCAUAGAUCCACUUCUUGA